AUGAAGACUGCCAAUAGCGAGGUCCUCGAUGCGCACUUCACGGUGGACAAACAGAACGUCUCCCUUUGGCCUCAAGACCCUCCUCCCAAGACAUGUCCGUCCCAGGUUCUGGGGAGACUCCUCACGGUCCGCGCUGUGGUCGUCUUCCUGACGCUGGUCAUGGUCACCUCUGUCCUGCUGCAGGCCAUUCUCUAUCCCUGGUUCAUGGGCACAAUAUCAGAUGUCAAGACCAAUGCCCAGUUGCUGAAAGCUCGUGUGGACAACAUCAGCUCCCUGAGUUCUGAGAUCAAGAGGAACAGAGGUGGCCUGGUGGCAGUGGGCAUUCAGGUCCAGAUGGUGAAUGCCAGUUUGGAUCGCAUAAGUUCUCAGAUCCGGAGGUUGGAAACAGGCUUGAAGGAAGCCAGUACACAGCUGCAGGUGUUAACAAGUAGUUGGAAAGCAGUCGAUGAGUUAAAUGCCCAAAUCCCAGAGCUAAAACAAGAUUUGGAUAAAGCCAGUGCUUUAAAUGCAAAGGUCCGGGAACUCCAGAGCGGUUUGGAGAGUAUCAGCAAAUUGCUUCAACAGCAAAAUGACAUUCUCCAGGUGGUUUCUCAAGGCUGGAAGUACUUCAGGGGGCACUUCUAUUACUUUUCUCAAAUCCCGAAGACCUGGUACAGUGCCCAGCAGAUCUGUAUAUCCAGGAACUCCCACCUGACCUCGGUGACCUCAGAAAGUGAACAGGAGUUUCUCUACAGGACGGCAGGCGGACUUCCCUACUGGAUCGGCCUGACCAAGGCAGGGAGCGAGGGGGACUGGCACUGGGUGGACGGCACUCCGUACAACAAGGUCCAGAGUGAGAAGUUCUGGAUUCCAGGCGAGCCCAACAACUAUGGGAACAACGAACACUGUGUUAACCUAAAGACGUCCGCACUGCGGUCAUGGAAUGAUGCCUCCUGUGACAAUACAUUUCUUUUCAUCUGUAAGCGAUCCUAUAAACCAUCAGAACCAUGA